AAUCUUACACAAGAAAGUUACAUAAGCUAAAGUACACGUUUCAUCAAAGACUUCAACAGAUCAACAUAAUGUAUGACGUAAAGAAUAAAACUGUAAUGAUUACUGGAGCAGCUGCAGGAUUAGGCUACAAGUAUGCCGAAAUACUGCUUCGCAAUGGUGUAAAAAGUGUUGCUGUGGUCGACCUGCCAACGUCAAACGGCCAGAAUGCGGUAGUUACUUUGGAGAACAAAUUUGGAAAAGGCCGUGCCAUCUUCGUUGCAUGCGACGUAACGAAAGCUGAUGAUUUUGAGAAGAUAUUCAAGAAGAUCAUUGACACAUUUAAAGGACUUGACAUUCUUAUCAAUAAUGCUGGUAUAUUUAACGACAUUUAUUGGGAGAAAAUGAUCGAUGUCAAUGUCAAGGCAGUAAUUCGCGGCUCUAUGUUAGCAUUCGACUAUAUGGGAAAGCAUAAAGGCGGCAAGGGUGGUCUAAUCGUGAACAUUGCAUCCGUGGUUGGAUUGGAACCAAAUCCUUAUUUAGCAAUGUAUAGCGCUUCGAAACACGCUGUUGUGGGAUUCAGCCGGUCUCUGGCAAAUAUGUAUAACAAGACUGAAGUGCGAGUUGUUAUCAUGUGCCCGGGCGUUACAGUAACAGCAUUGGUAGAAGAUUUCAGGGAUAGAAUCAAUGAUUCCAUUCGCGCUGCGUUAGGUAGUGAUAUUCCUGAAUUGGAGAAAAUUCCGAAACAAACAACUGAUCAUGUGGCACUUGCGAUGUUAGAUCUUAUUCAGAAAGGUAAAAACGGAGCGGCAUGGGUCGUCCAAGAUAAUCAACCACCAUGCGCUAUGGAUUUUUCCCCUUAUUUCGAGCGACUUUUACCUAUCUAAGUUGAUAUUUAAUAACUUGCUCUACGUUGUUUUGAUCAAUUUAUAU